AUGUCGAACCCCAGAAACGGCGACACCAAGGCCCCAUGUUUACCCCGCAAUGGACUGGUGAAGAUCCCCACGCAACCCAACGGCCUCGGCUCUGCCAGCAUCACCAAAGGCACCCCAGCCGUGAAAAACCGCCUGUGCCAGCCUUCCUCCGUGCCUGCCAUCCUCAGCCCGGCCUUAGCCCACCGCAGCGAUCUGUCCAUCCCCAGCCUGGCCUCCCCACUCUCCUUGGCCACUCUGGCCGGCGUCUCCUCCCCUCCCAGCGCUUCCUUGGUGGGACUGAACACAAGCGAAGGCUCAGAGCAGCCCUCGCCGGACCGGCUGCAAGGCUCGCCCUCGGAAAGGCAGCUGGCGGUGGAUGAGAAGAUCCUCAACCGCUUGUUCUGGUACUUUUCGGCGUGUGAGAAGUGUGUGCUGGCACAGGUGUGCAAGGCAUGGCGGCGGGUGCUCUACCAACCCAAGUUUUGGGUGGGCUUAACGCCCGUCCUGCACACCAAAGAGCUCUACAACAUCCUGCCUGGAGGCGAGAAGGAAUUUGUCAGUCUGCAGGGCUUCGCUGUCCGUGGUUUUGAUGGCUUCUGCCUCGUAGGCGUCUCCGACCUGGACAUUUGUGAGUUCAUUGAUAACUAUCCCCUCUCCAAGAAGGGAGUCAAGUCCAUGAGCCUUAAGAGGUCAACAAUCACGGAUGCGGGGUUGGAGGUGAUGCUGGAGCAGAUGCAGGGCGUGGUGCGGCUGGAGCGGUCAGGCUGCAACGACUUCACAGAGGCCGGGCUGUGGUCCAGCCUCAACGCCCGCAUCACAGCGCUGAGCGUCAGCGACUGCAUCAACGUGGCAGAUGACGCCAUCGCCGCCAUCUCACAGCUCCUGCCCAACCUCACUGAGCUCAACCUGCAAGCCUACCACGUGACGGACACAGCGCUCGCCUACUUCACCGCCAAGCAAGGUUACACCACCCAUACCCUCCGCCUCAACUCCUGCUGGGAGAUCACCAACCACGGUGUGGUCAACAUGGUCCACAGCCUGCCCAACCUGAGCGUCCUCAGCCUCUCCGGCUGCUCCAAGCUGGUGCUUGACAGAUGUGUGCGGAUCACCGACACUGGCCUCAGCUACCUGUCCACCAUGUCGUCCCUGAGGAGCCUCUACCUGCGCUGGUGCUGCCAGGUGCAGGAUUUUG